AUGGAUGCCAGACGGAGCAAUGGUUCAAGCCUACAGAUCCCAGUCAUUGACAUAUCCGAAGCCAGUGCAGCGGACACAGCGGGCCAGCUAGUAGAUGCGGUUGCUCGAUAUGGCUUUGUGUUUGUCAGGGGUGAAGGAAUAGGUUUCACGAAGCAGACUCUUGAUAAUGCCUUUGCAUUGUCACAAAGAUUCUUCUCAUCAACCAUAGAAGAGAAACAGGAAUGUGCUAUCCAAGACAAUAAUAUCGGUUGGUCGUCAAUGCACUCAGAAACAUUGGACCCAAAGACCCACUUCAAAGAAGCAAUGAACUUUGGCGAAUUUACCGAUGGCAAAGCACAACAGCCUUUACCGCCAUCUCUUGCUUCACAUGAAGCCGAGCUAUAUCAUUUCGGAGUACUUUGUCAUGAGCUCUGCAUUAAGCUCCUGCGCCUCUUUGCUCUUGGUCUCAGAAUCGAUCCCAACCAUGGUGGCAAGGAUUGGUUCUCGUCUCGACAUGAUCCAUCUCAGGGCUCUUCCGGCAGCGUACUUCGGUUGCUUCAUUAUCCCGCAGUCGAAAUGGAUAAAUCUUUGGACACUACCGUCGACAUCCGAGCCGGAGCUCACAGCGAUUAUGGUUCCCUCACCCUUCUUUUCCAGCGCGCCUCCCAGCCAGGCCUCGAGAUCCUUACCCGAAGUUCGUUCUGGUCUCCCGUACCUAUACAACCAUCUGGCACAGAAGAUGACUCCUAUCCACCGAUCCUCGUUAAUAUUGGGGAUUUGAUGCAUUUCUGGACGAAUGGACUGCUUAAGAGUACCGUGCACCGAGUUGUCUUCCCAGAAGGGGAGAGUGAAGAUAGGUAUAGUAUAGCAUACUUUUGCCAUCCUUCGGACCAUAUCGAGAUAGAAGCUGUCCCGAGUGACAUGAUACGUGACAGAGAAACGGAAAAGAGGCAGCAAGGCGUGAAGACGGUGACCGCAGAGGGCUAUCUGAAAAAAAGGCUCGCGGAGACGUACGGGUGGGGAAAAUUGCAGUCGCCAGAGCGUGACUAG